GGCUGCCCUCUCGUUACACUGUGGACUUAACGGUCGAACAGAUCUCAGACGUGGAGUUCAGCCAGCCAGGCAAUGAACAUACUUAACAGCAUCAACAACCCGUAAUGAAAGAUGGUAUGGAUUACCAGUGUGACUUAUGGACUUAUUUUUCUCUGACACCGGAAUUACACAGGUGUAUUUUGUUGUAAAAAUGACGCUUUGACAUGUUUUUACCUCAGUGAAGACAGCCAAAGCUCGUUCAUCGAUCGCCUGUAGUGGCAACGUCAGAUUAGCUAGAAACGUGAUUUGAUCUGCCAGGAGCAGACCCACCAAAAUGCCUGAAAACAUGUCACCAAUACCCGUCCUGCCGCUGGUGAUCAACUGUUUCAUGUCUGUACUCGGCUGCAUGGCCACAACGAAACUCAUUCCUGCUUUCAAAGACCAUUUCAUCUCAGCCAGAUUGUACGGAAUGGACCUAAACAAAACAUCCAAAAAGGAAAUUCCAGAGUCUCAAGGAGUCAUCAGUGGGACAGUCUUCCUCAUCAUCCUCUUCUGCUUCAUCCCAGUGCCUUUCCUUAGCUGCUUUGUGGGAGAUCAGUGCAUGGGCUUCCCACAUGAUGAGUUUGUACAGCUGAUUGGUGCACUUCUGGCCAUCUGUUGCAUGAUCUUCCUGGGUUUUGCCGAUGACGUGCUGAACCUGCGGUGGAGACACAAGCUCCUGCUUCCAACAAUGGCUUCCCUGCCGUUGCUCAUGGUCUAUUUUACCAACUUUGGUAACACGGUCAUCGUGGUGCCCAAACCCUUCAGAGCCCUGCUUGGGCUGCACUUAGAUCUGGGCAUUCUCUACUACGUCUACAUGGGAAUGCUUGCAGUGUUCUGCACAAAUGCCAUCAAUAUCCUAGCAGGCAUCAACGGCAUCGAGUCCGGUCAAGCCCUGUUUAUCUCCGGCUCCAUCAUCAUCUUCAACCUGCUGGAGCUCGGUGGAGAUUACCGCGAUGACCAUGUUUUCUCCCUCUACUUCAUGAUACCAUUCUUCUUCACCACAUUAGCACUUUUUUACCACAACUGGUACCCCUCAUCUGUCUUUGUGGGAGACACUUUCUGCUACUUUGCCGGGAUGACCUUUGCCGUUGUCGGCAUAUUGGGACACUUCAGCAAAACAAUGCUGCUGUUCUUCAUUCCUCAAGUGGUUAACUUUGUCUACUCCUUGCCUCAGCUGUUUCACAUCAUCCCCUGUCCCAGACACCGGCUCCCCAGACUGAAUCCAGACACAGGCAAACUGGGGAUGAGCUACUCUAAAUUCAAAAGAAAGGACCUUUCUAACUUAGGAAAUCUAAUUCUGAAGGUGGCAGAGUUAUUGAGGCUACUCGAGGUGCGAAGAGGCCAGGAGGGAGAUGGAGAAUUUAUUGAGUGCAACAACAUGACCUUAAUAAAUCUGGUUCUGAAAUUACUCGGCCCCAUCCAUGAGAGAAAUCUCACAGUCAUCAUGCUCAUCAUACAGGUGAUGGGCAGCGCAGUGGCUUUUGGGAUCCGUUAUCAUCUGGUGCGUCUCUUCUACGACGUCUAGACAGCCCUUCGGGAAACAGGAGAGAAUGCUGACUGAGAUGAUAUUGCUGUGGAACUAUUUUACAGGCGUGGUUCAUCUGCCUUUUAAUAGAUUCCAUUACCUCACUGUUAUUUUUCUGCCUCAAAAUCUACCUGCAGUAAACUCAGUGCAAGGUUUAAAGCUAUAUUUCACUUUGGCUGAACAUUUUCAUAUAUAAGCAUUAACAGCUACUUCAACAACAAUACUGUUUGUUAUCCUCCUUUGGGUUUCAGUAAUCACAAGCAGGAAAAUGUGACAGGAUCUGAAUUAUCUUGUGUGUCCACCAUGAAAGUAUAUUUUUGUACUGGGUUUUUUAAAGGAGAGUACAGCAAGUGGGGAUGUAGCAGUGUUCUACAACAAUUUAAAAAUAUUAACACAUUGGUCCACUGCUUGAAUCUGCUGUAGAAGAAAAAAUGGCCAAGAAAAGAUUUACCCACUCACUCUUCAUUUUGCAUGACUAUCAAUCCAUGCAACAUGGGUGGGAGGGUUUGUAUAAUUUUUUUUGUUUGUUUUUGCCCUUGAACAAACGCACACAGAAUGGUGAUAGUGAAGAAAAGCAGUGAAAAGAUAAGGAAGUCAUUAACAGUCUAUAGACUGUCACAAGGAAUUAGGUCGGGGGUAGAUAAACAGUGGGAAUUAGAAGAGAUGAAAUAAGAUUAUAGUGUCUGGGGUUUCAUAAAAGUUACUUAAGGUCUAUGGAAGGUGAAGGGUGUCCUGGCUAAAAUAGUGCGAACUGAUUGUUUUUACCUUUCUCGGUAUAAUUGGAGAUAUAGCUGUAUUUUUAUGAAAUGGUAUGCACCCCC